AUUUUUGUGAGGUUAUUAGUGGGUGGCAAAAUUCGAUGAUUGUUUACCUUUGAGCUUCUGAUUCAAGAAUCUACCGGCUGAUAACAGUUAAAAAGUUUUAUUACGGCUGGUAGUGCCUAAGACUCCAAUAGAAAGCAGUUAUCGUCAAGUAAACCGGCUGUGGACCAUAUUGGACUGCUUGAUGGACGGGAUAGCGAGGGACUAAGCUGUUUGAUUUAGGUGAAUCAGGAUGAAUUAUUAAACUCUUAUAAAGAGAUCCAUUGCAGAAGACCUAUAUUGCAGUUUUGCUGUGCCGUGCUGUGUGCUGUGGACUGGUUGUUGUAAUGGCAAUGGAGUGCUGCUGGCCGCAGUCAGUCAAUCAGUCAGUCAGCCAGCUUUAGUUCGCUCAGCUCAUCGUGCGCGCAGUGCAUUUGAAUGUGGAUUUCGAAGGAAAUUUAACUGAAGCAUUUAAAUUGAUCGCCACUCACCGCCUCACCUCACCUCACCGCGCAACGUUCAGUCAAUCGUCACCCGAAACGAUUCGGUUGAAAAUCAUCGAAGUGGGAGAGCUAUCGAAGAGUCGAGAAAUAAGUAACCCUCAGAAGAAGAAAGAAGACGAAAAUUUGCCCAAGGAAAAACGGUGGAAAAUCGGAAAGAAAACAAAGAAGAAGAAGAGAAGCAAAUAAGAAAAUAAAUCACACCGCCGAAGAAGAGUGAAGUAACAUCGAGCGCAAAUUGUUUCAAUUGAUGAAAAUCAACCGUCCCCUGGUGGCGCGGGGUGGUGAAGCGCCCUGCGAGAGAGCGAUCGUCAUCGGUUCGGUUCCCGCCGCGCGCGCGGUUUACCCCUCUUGGGUUCCGUAGAGGGUUUGGCCAUUAGUGUUGUGUUUUUUUUUUUCUAUUUACCAUCUGGCUUGCAGUGGUUGUGUUGUGUGCGUGCAUUUACGAUUCGCGAGUUUGGGGUGCUUUGGGUUCGCCGUUUGUUGUUUUGCUGCUAGUGUUUGGUUUUCAUUUCCCGUUUGUUUCUCUCUCUAUCUCUCCCAACAACAAUCCAAUGCACCGCACAGCAGCAUAAUCGUCUAUUAGCGGGCUCCAGUCAAGUGUGAAUAGUAUAGUGAGUGAAUUUUAGUUUCGACGAAAUACAUAACUUUUAGAAAACUCGAAUUGAGUGAGUUGAUAAUUGCAGAAACAACAACAGGCGCACAACGCAUACUGAUAUAAUAGCGCUGCUGUUCAGGGCCGAGGAACCAAAGCGCAAAGCGGUUCCAGCUGUUGGACUAGACUAGAAGACGGAGAACCGAUUUCGCGGCUGUCGCAAGAUUAGAGCAGUAACGGGGAAGCUAUGAAAAAGAUACGACGAUGGUUGCUGGUGUUUGCGGUGAUAAUAGCCUUGAUGGUCAGGGUGGAUGGUUUAAAAGCGACCUCGCUGAUUUUCGGUCGCGGACCUGCCACCUCCAGCACCUCCUCAACUACCAGCACCACGACGGCGGCCACAUCAACCACUACCACCACCACCGAGGAGGCAUCAGCAGAAGAGGAAGAGUCUGAUGAUCAAGGUGAAGAAGCGGCCACCAAAGCGCCACUCACCGGCAUUCCACAGGUGGAUUACGUAUGGGAUCCGAAUCUGCCACGAGAACUGAGAGGCGCAAAUCUGUCCAGCUACCCAUUCUUGGACUCGGUACCAGCAGAGGAGGACAUCGGUUUCACAUGCGAUCCCAAAUUGCACGACGGAUUCUACGCGUCCAUCAAGUACAACUGUCAGCUGUACCACCACUGCAUCAACGGAAUACGAUAUGACUUCCUGUGUGCCAACUAUACAGCGUUCGAUCAGAAGACUUUUAUCUGCCACUUUGCCUCCGAAGUGGACUGUAAAAACUCACCCAAAUACUGGUUUAGAAAUGAACCUCUGUACAAAGCAACUACGACUACGACGCAGAAGCCGGCCCCGACGGUACCGACAACGGCAGCACCCACAACGGUCCCAUCCAGACCGAAACCGCUGAGAAAACCGGUGCGCAGACGGCGUCCACAGGAUUACUACUAUGACGAGGAAGAAUACGAAGACGAUUACUACGAGGAACGUCCACGCCGCAGGAAGAACCGCCCACGCAACCGAAGGCCGUACUAUGAAGACGAAUACGAGGAUGAUGAACGGUUCGAUCGACGCCCAGCCGAUCGUUACCGGGAACGUGACAGAGAUCGCGACAUCGAAGACGAAGACUACGAGGAUCGUCGAACGUAUCGAACGAAGAAUCGCAACCGCAACAACGAUCGACGCAAUGGAGAUGAUGAUCGGCGAUACGGGUACGAGGAUCGCGACCGUAGAAGGGAUCGUGAUCGAAGACCGAUCGACGAAGAACGUCGCAAACCGAUUGACGAAGAUCGCCGCAAACCGGUAGAAGACGACCGUCGCGUUGUAUACGACGAGGAGAAGCGUUCAUCGCAGAGCGAUCGCCGCAGGAGACCAUCUGCCACCGAAGACAGAAAGGUUCCGGAACGCAGACCGGCUAGCGAUGAUCGGCGAUCAUUUUCGGGCGACGAAGUAAAAAGGAGACCAUCGGAGGAAAGAAGCGGUGGCAGAAGGCCUUACAAUGACGACCGACGAUUCGACUACGACGACGAGGAUGAAGACUACAGUCCCCGACGACCGGAAAAGAAAUCUCGCCCGCAAAGCGACAUAGUGACGGUUAAGCCUUCAGGGUCUACCAUCUACGACAGACCACGGGCAGCUCCCAGGAUCAAUCGACCGGUACCAUUGAACGAAAAGAAUAAGUACUCAUACUCGAACCCAGAGCCACCGAAGAAGAAACCUUCUACGACUCAGGCUCCAGCUGAAGAACCUGAGCCGGAAUAUUAUGAUGAGUAUGAAGAUGAGCCGAAAAAACCGGAGCCAGUUGUCGAUAAACGAAAGGCCACCGAUGUGGGUAACCGAGGUCGCAACGGAAAUGCUGAAGACAAAAGACAGAGUGCUUCCUCCGAUGUUGUCUACUACGAUGAUGUAAUUGUUCCAAAAGACUCUCUCCCUCAGAAGUCAGUUCCGGGAAACGUCAAGAAGCCGGAAGGCACCGAACGAAUCAACAGUCGAGACAACUCGGAGUUGAACAAUCGCUAUAAUGAGAAAAUUCGUCAAACCCAGCGGGUUUCCAAGCCGGAAAGUAUCCCACAGAGGGUCCGACCUGCAUACCUAGAUGAAGAUCCUACAGAUUCAAGACAACCAAGCCCUCCCAAAUCAAAUGCCAAUAUCUAUAGUAACUUUAAAAACAAGAAGCCCACUGCUCCCAUUGAGAGUAGAAAGCCAACCUGUAUCCAUUCAGAACGAGCAACGAAGCGACCAUUUCUACCAAGCCGCGGAGGAAACCCUUACGCAGCCCGCGGACUUCAACCUGUUGGCGUAGCGAAACAAUCCCAAACCCAGCCACGGCAGCCACCUCCGCCAAGCACCGAGUCCGAACGACCAUCUCCGUUCCGUAUCGACGUCGGUAGUUCUCCAGUAAGCUCCGUCCAACUAGAUGCCCAGACCAGCACUGUGCGACCCAACGAAAACCGUGUGAAGACCCUUGAUCAGCUUUACGAUGAAGAGUUCGACGUUACGCUAAACGAUGCCCUGAACCCCACGCUGAAACCUCUGACCCGAAGUGCGCCGGCGCAAAGCUUCUUCCGCAACCGUUACAUCCACCAGAGUUCCGACUCGGAAUUCGUCCCUUUUGAACCAAGCUAUGCCCCAUCCGAGUUCCGGCGGGCGGCCGUACGUCCCCCAUCGUCCUUCGGCCACCAGAUGCACCAACCAACGGUAUACAUCAGUCAAGUGCGAGGUCAUCCUGGUCAGCGGUACGAAUAUGAGUACGAAUACUAACGGUACGGAAACCCUCGCCCAGAGACCCAGAUGAACGCCAGAGUGAAGUAACUUUUAAUUUAUUGAACAAGCGCCAUGCUUUUCCGCUGAAAAGCAAAGCGUACAAGGAUCUAAGGAAAUUAUUUAUUACUCAAGCCAGCUGUGUAUGGGAGGGACGGGGUCCCCUUGGGUGACCUCAGCGGAGUGUGAGUAAGUCUAAGAUGGAGAAUCGUCGAUAGAUACAACCAUGCCAACACAAAAGUGAUUCAAAUUUCUUCAUCCGAUGGACCCUGAGCCACCGGAAGAAAUUACGUAUAAAAUUAAUGUUCGAUAUGAAGUGAAAAUGCAAAACUCUUACCUGUACAUAUAUUUCUGCCCUAUUCUUAAAGAUAAAUACUCAAUAAAGGUGAUAUUGACGUGAAAACAACACUACUUUGCGACAAAUUUUUCAAAGCAAAGAAGGAACACUAAAACUACACGUGACGCGAAACGGAAACAUAAACAGAAUGCGUACUGCAAUAUACAUUUAAAAUGAAAAUACCUACACAUAAUUUAGCUAUUAAGAAAAAAAACAAAAGUUACAAUAAUUAUAACUGUGUACAUUGGAAAUCACUUACAUAAAGAGGAUGGUGCGAAAAUCAAGCCGUACAUAUAAUUGGUUUAGAGAACAACAAAAAACUUAAACGAAAAAAUAAAAGAACAACCUGUAGAAUAAAAAUACUUAGAGCUGUAGCUUGAUAACAUGAUUAGAUCGAUUCGAGAGAAGGAUUGAAGGUCUUUGCGUAAGCGAGAAGAUGAAAUAAAGAAAAUUCAAUUUUCCUAA